UAUUUCGGUUCAGAAAAUUUUUGAAAGUGAGUAAUAUAAAAGAAGAAGUUACGACGCAAGAAAAAAAUAAUUUAAAAUUGACAUCAUUCCUAUUUGACGUCAGAUUUUACGCACAUACAUAUAAAACGUUCUCACUCCGACAUAUUCAUCAGUUAUGAAAGAAAGGAAGGAAUUUUUACUUCAAAGGAUUGGGAAUUAUGAUUUAUGUGGAAGAACUUUGGGAAAAGGAGCUUUUGCCCGAGUUGAGCUAGCCAAUCAUAGGCUAACAAAUACAAAGGUUGCUUUAAAAAUCAUCGACCUUGAUAAAGUUAAACAAUCGUAUGUUCGCAAAAAUAUUUUGAGAGAAUCCGCCAUCUUAAAACACCUCCGCCAUGACAACAUCGUACGUUUAUAUGAAACACUAGUGUACCACCAAACGUAUUGCUUUGCAACGGAGUACAUAGAAGGUGGAGAUUUACAGACAUACUUAGAGAAACAUAAGUGCUUGACGGAGAAACAAGCAAGGAAAUAUUUUGUGCAAUUAUUAUCUGCGAUCCAAUAUCUUCACUGGAAGGAAAUCAUGCAUCGAGACCUUAAGAUGCAAAACAUCAUGUUAACAGGAAAUUCAAAGAAAUUGAAGCUUAUUGAUUUUGGUUUGAGCAAUUUUUUUAACAAAGAACAUCUUCUAAAAACACACUGUGGUUCUGCAGAAUAUGCAGCUCCAGAAUUGUUUGAGAAGGGAGCUACGUAUGGUGCAUCUGUUGAAAUAUGGAGCAUGGGUGUGAUACUUUACGCUAUGACAGUUGGUCGUUUACCAUUUCAAGCUCAACAAAACGACAAGAAAGAAAAUUUCGUUGCGCAAAUACGAAGAGGUUUAAACAUAAAUCAUGAAGCAUCAAUUAAAAAACUCACACCAGAAUUAAAGGACCUAUUGUCAAAAAUGUUAGAACCAGAUAAAGAUAGGCGCAUCGAUCUCUCCGGUAUAUUAGUGCAUCCUUGGGUUAGUGAAAAAGGGAAAAACCCGGUACUGCCAUCUUCACCGGAUAUAGUGACGCAUGAUAUGAGACAAAGCGUCAUUGAAAGAGUUUCUGAAAUAUAUAGUCAGCCAUUAGGUGUCACCAUCGAACAUUUGCGCACCAAUACUCACGACUCAAUUGAUGCGACGUAUCAAAUCUUAUUGGAGAAAACAAAAAGCGCACAUCGCGCUUCAUCACGAGCAUCUUCUGUUUCAAGUAAAUUACUGAAGAAGUUUUGCAGUAAACCGUGCUGUGAAAAUGAAAAGGUGGAAAAGAAAGUGAAGUGGAAUGAAAUCUUAGCCGAAGCUAAAUACAAAUGCCCUAAAAAAGAAGAUAUGGAAAAUCCUAUCUCGUGCUGUUUAAAAAUUUCAACCUGUUCGUCUUACGAGAAGCGUUCAAAAACACCACCUUACGCGCGUCUUGAGACUUCAAGCCAUGACUUAAAACAAACGCCAUUCAGAUUGUCACCGCCCAUGCGCCACAAAAACCAGGGAUGUCCUGCUGAAAAACAACAUGCGGGGAUAAAAAGAGAACCAAGGUUUAUCGAGACAACAAUAAAGGAUGUCUCGAAAGAGAAUUUCCAUCCCAGUGCUAGAACAGAUGGUGAAAAACAGCAGGCACCAGUUGACACCACCCAAAUACAAAUUUCAGUCAGUGGUGGGUCGUUAAAGACUGGUAGUUUUCAAAUUAUUGAAAAAUCCGAACAAUUCCGUGCAGCAUUUAUACGAAGACACUGCCAACCAGGAGACGGAAAGGAAAAUAGAAAAAAGGGGUGCAUACGUUGCUUAAGCCCCUUUGAAGCCAGACAAAUGUUGCAUCGCAACGCCUUUCCUUUGAAAAAGACAUUAGUGAAGCCGGAACACCAACCCAAAACUGUAGAGCAAAACAACGAACAGAAACGUUUGUGCAUACAAAAUAAAACUGGCCAAUAUGAACGUAAAGUGACGGAAACGAAGGGAAAAUUAUACCAUAAAAAAAGUGAAGUCGUUGCAACGAUAAUAUCGAGUCCAGACUCCUUAACAAGUGCGUUAUCGUCAAAUUCAGAUUUGAAAUUAAGGAAACUGUCGACUCGUUGUACCAUGCAAAACAUAGAAGAAGUUUUAAUGCAUGAAAAUUUAAUCAAGAAAACGACGCUAGCCAAUGAAAAAACAUUAUCCAAGAAACGUACAAAGCGAAGAGUGUGUUUUAAAAAAUAAAUAUAUCAUUUUUAAAUGGCGUCGUUCCUCAUGUAUUUAUCCAUCUCCCUUGUGUCUGCAACAACACCUUACAAAGUUAAUAGAGAUCGAGUGAUGUAAUAUUGCAUUUUUUUAAAUAAGAAACUGACGAAUCUAUGCU